GUCGACGACGCCAGGAUUAAGGUGCCCGAGAAGGCCCAACAUGGCAGCGCAAGCGGAGAUCAAAGCGGAAGAGUUCUUGCGCGCAGGCGAGAAGGCCUUGAACAAGUUCUCCAUCUUCAGCUCGUCUUCCAAGUACGAAGAUGCGUCGGAUUACUUUGAAAAGGCCGCGAACCAGUACAAGAUUGCCAAGAAAUGGCAGGAAUCGGGUGAAGCGUUUGCUAAAUGUGCCGAUUGCCAGAUGCGCCUGAAAGAGAACUCCCGUGCGGCGCAGUUCUACCAGCAAGCGGCCGAAGCCAUCUCGAAAGCUAACCCCAUCGACGCUGUGACGUACUACCGCACGGCGAUUUCGAUGCAAUGCGAUGCCGGUCGUUUUUCCAACGCUGCAAAGUUGCAAAAGCAAAUCGCAGAAAUCUACGAGCAAGCGGGGCAAAUGCAGGAAGCACUUGAAAACUACAGCCAGGCGGCCGACUACUUUAUCGGGGAGAAUCAACCAUCGUCCGCGCAGCCCAUGCUGCUCAAGGUCGCGCAGUUUUCGGCCGAGUUGGAACGCUACCCAUCCGCGAUCGAGAUCUACGAAAAGGUGGCCAAGACGUCGAUGGAGAGCAACCUACUGAAGUACAACGCCAAGUCGCAUCUGCUGAACGCCGGUAUCUGCGCCAUGGCGUCCAAGGACAUUGUGCUCGUCAAGCAAAAGAUCGACGAAUUCAACGAGAUCGACUACACGUUUCCCGACUCGCGCGAAGGCAAAUUUCUCUCGGCCAUGGCGAACGCGUACGAAUCGUUCAGCCCAGACGCGUUUGCCGACGCGGUCUACGAGUUUGACACGAUCACGAAGCUCGACCCGUGGAAGGUAUCGCUUCUGCUCAAGGUCAAGCAGUCGAUUGAGAGCGACAACCACGAUGAUUUGACUUAAUCGCUAAUCGCCAUCGUCAUCUCCAA